CAUCAAAAAUAGCACACAUUCAGCCUCGCCGGAGACCCGGAAGGAAUCAUCUCAUGUACUUCCUUAGCUAUUAUACGAAACGGGCUGUACAUGAUGCGCUCUGCUGCUGAGUAAAUAUUGAAUAAAUUGAUAUCCAAUCAAGUGCAAACUUCAUCAACACUCUACACUCUUUGAGUGACGGUACAUGUGUGUACGAUGAGUUCGAUAGUCCUAGCAGUAGCUGAGUAACGAAGCAUAUAGACAUGAAGCAAAGGUCCAGAGAGCAGCCAGUAUCUUCUCCGCUCUUGCUCUGAAGUACGAUAUGCUGGCAACGUCAUGACAGGCGAAACAUGAAAUAUUGAAAGCAUAGCAUCUUUCUGCAAAACGAACAUAAAUCAACAUUGUACGAUUGAUUCUCCGGAUUCGUUUUUUCCCCCCACCUAGUAUCUUUCUUUAUCAGUGGUAGAGUCUUCCGCUUUCCCAUAUUUAUCGGAAUGAUUCCGUACGCAAGCCGAAAAAAACGAUGAAAAGUGCCGAGAAAAUAAUAUAUCGAAUAAAAUAUCGUUAUCAUUCAGUGAAGAAAUGGCAUGUGGGAAAAUCUCAGAAAAUCGAUUCUCGGAACAAGGAGCAGCCAUUCAAAUGAACGCGGGCAGCAUCAAGGCCUAGCCUAACCGGGUAGGUGGCACGGAGGAAACUGCGUUUUUCACGGUAUUAAUUCGUGGCGUCAAGGAUUAUAUCAAUUCUGCCCCGGAAGAGCGAUAAAAGCGCAAGCUUCCGGAACUGUUUCCAAAGAUCAUUCGAAUCGGUGCUGCAGCUUCAAAUAUGAUUAUUCAAAGCAGAUAGACGGCUAACUAGUAUGAACAAGGUUCAUCAGCGAAUGGGAGCAGAUUGAAAUUAGUCACCGCACCCGUUCUAUCCGUGUGCUCGAGCAACUGAAAAAACCGGAAGGAUGAGUCAUUCCAAAUUUGAACUGAAACAACAACGUCGGCUUUACCGAACUCAUCAGCAAGCGCAUCAGAAAACGAGAGGUUGUGAAUAUAAAGUAGUUAGUGGUAAUUGGGUUAUGCAGCUGAUUUAAUCGAAUUGGACAUGUUGCUCUGAUAAGACCUUCGGUGCGCUUUUUUUCCUACACCUGCAGGCGCGACAUAAUUCGUGUCGCACGAAGGAUUAGAAGAAACAACGUGAAAAAGAGUGAAUUCGGCAGAAGAACAUAAGCAAUCGGAAACCAAAAUUCGUUCCAAACCUUACACAGACAAAUAUGAACACAAAGUCACCUCUCCAAGUUCCUAACUUUAUCGGUAGUAACACUUCAUCUAGACCACAAAGCCCCUCGCUGUGUUUCUCAACCUCCUUAUCAAAAGUGGACAAAAAUGAACCGGUGACCCUAUGUGGAUGCCGCAGAGCUCCAAAGUCGCAAUGCUUCUCUGCGUUCGGUGUACUUAUAUUGGUCCUCGCAUACACGGCGGUUGGCUCCGUGCUGUUCGUGACAUUGGAAGGAGACGCCGACGACGGUGACAUAAUCGAAAGUUCGGUUGCUGCGUCUAAACCAUAUCCUAGACACGAUGUAGUUAGUUCUGAAAUAAGAAUAAAAACUGUAGAUCGACUAUGGUCCAUCACAGAGGACCUUAAUAUAUUAUAUAAGGAAAACUGGACGCGACUAGCAGCCCAGGAAGUGCAACAUUUCCAGGACACCAUCUUGAGAGCGGUACGGGCAUCCAGAUCGCAACAAGCUACGAGUGUCCAGAACAAUACCAAACCAUACAAAUGGACAUACGCCUCAGCCUUUUUAUAUUCACUGACUCUCAUCACCACUAUCGGAUAUGGUGGUAUCUCUCCGCGCACGCAAUGGGGUAGAAUAGCGGCGUUAAUUUAUGCUUUGUUUGGCAUUCCGAUUAUUUUACUGUACCUCUCGGCGAUGGGAGAAGGUCUCUCCGGAAUCAUGCGCUGCCUAUUUCGCCGCAUUCGACCAUCGUCACACUCGUCAUCAAAUAGCGCUAGUACGAGUUCCAGCUUGAGCGGCAACUCUGCAAUAAACAGUAAAUCUUCCAGUUCCGAGUUGCAAAAGCGGACCCAACAGCCAAGCGCCAAUUAUCAUCAGACAUGGAGUGGAAUACAUGAACCACAGGGAUACGGGAUGAGUGGCAGCAGCGUGGGCAGUGUCGUGGGCGGUGGAGGGGGCACAUCCACAGGAGGCAAUGCGGGCAAACAUAAUCAAUCAGUCGUACCAAUUUCAAUCUGUAUUAUGAUACUGAUUUGUUACGUAACACUGGGCGCCGUUCUGUUUCAUAAAAUCCAACCCUGGGGAGUUCUGGAGAGCUUAUACUUCUGCUUUACCUCCCUCGGUACCAUUGGCUUUGGUGAUCUAAUGCCAACAGGAAACGUCGCACAGUAUGCUGCCUCGGCAUACAUCGUGGUGGGAAUGGCAGUGGUAGCGAUGUGCUUCAGCCUCAUACAAACCGAAUUGAUAGUUUGGCUGAAGAAAUUUGCUACGGCGGAAUCACUUCCUUCCACUACGGAAGACGUGGCACUAGUAUCGGUAGCAAUGACUCCAAUAAAAUCAUGACAAAGGCCUAGCGAUAUCCUACCUAACGAAUAUAACUCAUUACCACGACGUUCGAGUGCGUUCCAGCGAAACACGCCCGCUCGCCGAUCAACAGGCAUAAUGGAGAAUCAUGUGGAAUAUUUUGUACCAAGGAGCGUGAGCGAAUUCAACUUAUCUGGCGUGGGCGAUUUGGCACUCCCGCCAGCCAAACGUAGCAUGGUAACACAUGCAGGCAGCUCUACAAUGAUUACGAUACCGAAGCCACGAGAAAAAAUGGUAACAUUCGAGGACGAAUCCAAGUGCCCUCACGGAUUACCGACGACGCCAAGGAAGUCAACACUCGCCAACGAUGUGUUCAUGUGACGAGAGGGCUCCUGAGACGACACUAUUCAAUGCCCCGGGGAGAUAAUCAAAGUCUGACAGUAGACUUUACAUCGGUCUCCUACAAGUUCUUUUCCAUCUAUCAACCCGUUUCACCUCUGAGGAUAGGUAUUUGAUAAUUCGCUCGCAGACUCUGUAGCGAAAAUAGGAACAUCGCAAUAUGGAAAGAACCUGCAAUCUCUACGAUCCCUGCGAUACGAGUACCAGAAUAUGGAGCAGCAAUCUUUUUGUGAGCAAGAAAAUUUGUAAACAAGUGUAUUCAAUUAAUAUAACCGUAAAAAUAUAUUCGAGAAAACUUUCAUUUUUUAAUUUUUUUUUCUAAGUAAUAUAAAAUCGUUCAUGGUGUUUUGAUAUCUCUGUCGAUUUUAUUAUGUAGAUAACACGAAAUGGCGGAACAAAUUAUGUAUAAACGAAAUAGAAACAGUCAACUGAAAAUAUGGAAGUGUAACAUUUUCCGUUAUGUUCAGUUGAUAGAUGCCGUGAGAUCGAUCAAUGUAAAACAGAUACUUCCAAGUUGGCAAGAAAAAAACUCAAAAGUUACGAUCUGAAAGAAAGAUAUCCUGAAUACAGUAUGAAUGAAAAAAAAAUAAAAUAAAAUAGUC